UAAGGUGGCUUUGUAAAUUUGUUUUGAAUGAAGAAAUUUUAAAUAGAAAUUGCGAAAUAUGAUAACAGCAUUUUUGGAUGGGAUUGCUUUGUAUCUUAGAUUAAACUUUAGAUUAUUUGUUUAAACCAUUUUAAUAGAAAAUAUAACUGCAUCAAAAAAUACGUAGAUUUCCAACAAAAUUAAUUGCAAAAAAAAAUAACUGUUAAAAAUGUACAUGAUGGAAGCUAGUCGUCGUCGUAAACGAGUUUUGCGGAAGAAGAUAAAGAAGAACGCUAUACAACAGAAGACUCGUGAAGAUAUAGAUACUUCCGAUGACUCCACAAUAAGUGAUAACACCUUUGCAUUGGAAAUGAAUGCUCAUAUGCAUGAAACAUUAGAGGCACAAGGAGUUAAAGGUAAUUAUCAUAAUUCUUCCCAAAUACCCCGCGAAUACCUUAUGUCGGAAGUGAAGAAUUUUGUUGAUGAAGAGAUAAAUACACACGAAGGUGAAUAUAAUGAUUCUAAUAGCUUUCCAAUAAGUCAUGGAGUUGUAAUAAAUGAAAAAAUGAGUAACUACCGCGAUUUAGUAGCUCAGUAUACUAAAGAAAGCGAUAGAAAAAACAGUGCAAUGUGUUCUGGGUCAUUAACUAAAUUUACGAAAUCUAAGAAUCUGCUUUACAAUUCCAAUACCGAAUGCUGUCGAUAUUCAGUAUCUUGUAGGCAACUUGGAGAAAUGAAACAUAUGUUAGAGGAUUCUGUAGAGCUUAAACGUUGUUGCGGUUAUGCAAAAAUGAAGAACAACAGCAGUCAGAACACACUCAGUACAUCUGCCUCGUCAAAAUUAAUAAUUGAAUGCGAAAGACCGCUAAGGAAUCAGAGGAUGUCUGGGAAUUAUAUUAUUGAAAAUGUUCCGUUAAGAGAAAGCAAUACUAAUCAGUUCAGUGUGUCAUGCAUGUCGAACAAAAAUGUGUUAGAUGUUACUAUGAAUAAUAACAACAUUAAACGAAGUGUGUCAAAGCAAUUAAAUGGCACUGGGGCUUUUUACAAACCAAAAGGAGAAUCUGUAUAUAGAUCUUGCUUGCAACUCGAUACCAGUAAUUACGUAAAAUCAUUAAGUCCUGAUUAUGGUGGGCAUAACAAUGAGUUUGGCAGCUUAAAUGAGACAUCCUGCUGUUAUUUCAAGAACAAACGUUGUAAUAGUAAUGCAAAUCUCAAAAGCAGCUGCAAUCAGUAUACGGAUAUGUUAAAUAAUGGGUCUACAUUGGUGAAAAUUAAAUCCGAUCAAGAUCUUAAAAAUUAUAGAAAUCAUACGAAUUGUACUUAUGAUAAUGUUCCCUUUACCAAUAAAAACUCCACAUGCUUAAAUGAUUCUAUAACUAUUGAUAAAUGCUGUAUAGAUGUUGAAGAAUGUACUAAAAAUAGUCCUGAAAGACGUUUUUCCAAACAAUUACAAGGUAUGGAUAAUGGAAAAAACGCCAAUGUAGUACAUUCCUCUUAUUUUUUACAUUCAUCGGGAAGUAUGAAAGGCAAUAGUAAAUUUAAUAAUCAUCACAUAAAGAAACCGUUUAAGAUUUUAAAAAAAAUUGAUAAGCUAAAAACACCACAUCGUUCUAAAGCCUCUAAAGAAAAAAUAGCUGCCGCUAAUGCCUACUUAGCAGAAGAUGUAGAGCAGUAUAAUUACAUAUAUAAAAUCAACUUUUCUCAAAAUGAGGUUGAAGGUGAAAAUUACGAAGACGAUGAUGAGCACAAUGAUUCCGUAAUGUAUUUACAAUCAGGAACCUCCAUAGAAUAUAUCUCAAUAGAAAAUGAUGAUCCAGAUGGAGUGGAAAUUUGUGAUAACCAACAUAUAUCUAGUAAUCGUCUUAAUACUUCAAAUGAUUUAAAUCAGUUUGGUGGAGAAAGAAAUGAGUCUGACUUAGAGAAAUCAGCUCAUAUAAAUGAUUCCGUAACGUACUUACAAACAGGAAUCUCAAUAGAAUAUAUCUCAAUAGAAAAUGAAGAUCAAGAUGGAGAGGAAAUUUGUGACAACCAACAGAUAAAUUGUAAAAGUCUUAAUACUUCAAAUCAUUUAAAUGAGUUUGGUGGAGCGUUGAAUGAGUCUGACUUUCAGAAUUUAGUUCAUACAAAGAAGUCGGUACAUUUUAUUAACGAAAGAAACGCUAGUAUGUUGCAAAAUCCACAAUCUAAUAACUAUAAAAAUAAUAAUAUAUGUCGGUGUAAAUGUAAGAAAAAAACACAUACGGCUAAGCAGGCUAAAAAGUUUGUGAGAAUAAAAAGUUCUCAUAAAGCAAAUCCAAUGUUAGGUAAACAGCAAUCCAAUUGUUUUGAAAAUUGUAUUGAAUUUGGUACCGGAGAAGCAGUACAUGAACCAUUAAAGCAGCGCGAUAAAUUCGUUAAGACAAAGAAGUGUGGCAAACCCUCAAUACUACACAAGAACCAGAAGUCGACCUAUUUAAAUAUGCACAAAGCUAAUCAGUUUACUGCUACUGAAGAACCAAGUCAAUCGGAAGGUGAAAAGGCACACCACAAAGAAUUUAAAAGGUGUGGUGAAGCCAUAAUCAUACCUUGGGACUAUAAACACAAAAACUAUCGAAAGCCAAACAAAGCCAAACUAUACAUAUCUGCUGAAGAACUAAGCCAAACGAAGAUCACCGAGUUAUCCCAAAAUAAAAAUUGUACUGACGGAUAUGAGAUUGCUAAAAAGUGUAAAUUGAAUAGCGAUUCAACCCAGUUAAGUUGUGAUGGUAAGAUGCAAAUUGCUGAAAGGUCUAUUAGAUGCGUUCCAAACAAAAUAUCUGAUCAAGCAUUAGUGGUGUGCAAAAAUCGAAAUGUGGACAAUUUAAAGCGAUUGACUGAUACGGAAGAUUUAAUUGAAUCAGUGCUUGAUGAGUCACAAGAAACCCAACGUUUUAAUAUCUUCGUAAGUAUGCCCGAACACGCGUGUAGCACCUACAGAAAUGAGAUAUCAGAAAAUCGCAUAAAAGUGUAUAAUUCGAUUCAUUUGAAAAGAAUCGGUCAGCCAAGUGAUGAAAUGCAGCAGUUUAAUGAGAGAUCAAAUCAACUCGAGACCUUUAAAAGUACUAGUAGCACGUCACAAUUAAAACUGCAUGACCUGGAGGAAAUCACUUUACAAAAGUCUCAUAAAGUUGUACUACAGUCCCGAGGAGUACAGACGUCACAAACUUUUUUGAAAUGCAGUUGUGGAAAUGACGUGAAUUUCGGUGUUACAUGGGAGACAGGACAACACGUAUUACCACAACGUGAGUAUGACUCCAUUAAUACGCAAAAGUCGAAUGAUAGAAGAUCUUCGAUGGAAUCAAUCGUUAGGAAUUUUAGAAAUCAAGCCAUGGUUCUCGUAAAUAAUUUAAAGAACACAAAUUUUCCAAAUUUGGUGAACAACUGUAGUUUAUAUACAUCAUGCAAUAAUUCAGAGGCAAACCUUUCAGCCCUACAGCCCUAUCCUAUUUGCGUUUCUGCUUCUCCAACUAGCAACACCUUUUUAAACCAUUUCAUCGCUUGCGAUACAAUCUCAGAUGAGAAUGAUGAUAAAAAUGAUUCCAGCAUUUCUAUGGCAUGCACUGCUUCAUUAACUAUUCGCAAUCGAGGUGUUCUAGUUGAUGGUUCAAAUGAGGGCUUUGAGACAGUUCGUUUUAGCGGAUAUAUAUAUUCGAGAAAUAAUAUAAUUUUAAGAUUACCUGAGCACAUUCUGGAAGGGUGUAUACAUUUUUUACGCAGAAACAAAAUUCUUAAUACAGAGGUCCUACAUUGUACGAAUAAUACAAAAUAGAUGCAAAUUAUAUUUUCUACAAUAAAUUGUCAACACAUUUUUUUGAUAUAUUUUCGGAUAAUAAUA